AGUCGAAGGUUGGACGUCAGUGAGGGAAGGUGUCGGCGCUCGGGUGCUCUGGUUCACCACUGGAUUAUUGACACAAAAGCAACAUGUCAGGCGAUAUCCAACCCAGAAAACGCAGGGCGAAGGGAAAGAAGAAAGCCCACCUGGAGGCGUUGCAGCGCGAGGAAUACGAGCAGGAGCGGCAGGCUCUGAAGGCCAUGUCCUCCUGUCAAGUCCUCCCAGAGUCCCGAGCCAGAAGAGGCAUCAGAAACUGGGUUAGGGACUGAGCCUGAGCUUGUAGUUACUGAUAGGGAGCCUGUUUCUGAUGCACCCUCGGUAGCUGCUGAAUCAGAACAGCCUCUGACUGUCGAGGACCCUGUGGCUCAGCCUCCCUCUGUCGCAGAGGCUGAGACUCAGCCACAAGGAAUGGAUGAGCCAGAGCCUGUGCUUGUAGAAACAGAGUCUGUUCCAGUAGCUGUUAGUAGUGAGGUUGAAGUAGAAGCUAGUCAGUCUUUAGAGUAUGAUGUUGCACAGGAAGCUGAGCCAGUUGUGGAAGAGGAGGGGACACCCACUGGAUCUGAACCCCCAGUACCUGCACCAGCUGAGGAAGUACUGCAAGAGAAGGCAUCUUAUGUGGUGAAGGAGCGAGAGCCCUUAUUCCCUGCAAAGGAAUCAGAGGGUGUGUCCGAAGAAGUUCUUGCUGAUAUUGAAUCCCAGAUCAUUCCCGAGGGUGAGGAUCCCCUAGCAGAAAAGGGAGAAGACAGUGGCAUUCCUGCAGUCUCUUCUCCCGAAGAAGAGGGUGCUGGUGUUUCCUCUCCUUCUGGAGGAGAAGGGGAGGACCCAGUUCCUGUAGAGGAAGUAAUCCCUGACCCCAUUCACAUUGAACCCCUCCAGGAACCUGAAGUAAAGCAGCAAGAAGAGAAAGAGGCGAUACCUCCCUAUGAGAAGGCUGACAUUACCAGUGAUGUUGAUAAUGAAAUUCGUGAGGAGCUAGAUGCAGCAGAAAAGGAGUUACCUCAGAACCCAGGGAAAGCUCUGAACAGCUUUGGAGCCCUUCUCCACCGUGUGCCCCAGUCUGCGCGUGCACUUUAUGGCCGAGCCUGCAGCCUAGACCGCCUGGCUGAAGUAGAGCGCUCCAACUCGCGACUGGAACAGGCUAUUGCCACGUACCGCAGUGUCAUCGAUAUGGCUGACGAGCACCCAGACCAGGUGCCCUUGCCACUCCUGCGACUGGCGGCGGAAAAGUGCAUAGAGAGAAUGAGAUUCAGAGGGUUUAUGGGCAAAGCUGUCAGGGUUCAGCAGAGAUUACUGCAGAGGUUCCCAGAGGACAUCAAUCUCAGGAACCAGAUGGGGGUGACCUUCCUUCUGAUGAACCAGCCUACUGCCGCUAAGGACGUGUUCAAGGAGGUCCUAGAGAAGUGGCCGGAGGAUGGGUUUGCACAGGUUCAUUAUGGAUUUGUCCUGAAAACAUCGUACAAAGAUAACUCAGCCGGAAUUGAGUACAUGCAGAAGGGCAUCAACAGCGGUGCAGAGGGCACACAGGAUGGCCGAUUCUACUUCCAUCUUGGGGACGCUCUGCAGAGGGAAGGGAAAGCCGAAGAAGCAUAUAAGUUGUACGACACUGCUGUUGAGAAGGGCUUGUUCCUCAGCCGAUACCAGCGUUCAUUAUACAACAUUGACAGGCUGCGUUCACAGCCCCUUUGGGCUCAGGAGGAGACUACAUAUCAGGAGUUCUUCAAAAAACUGGAGCAGAACUGGCUAGAAAUUCGAAAGGAAGGUCUGGAAGCGCUUGCUUUGCCACCCCAAGAUGGAUUCCGCCCAGAGGCAGAGAACCUCCAGGAUACAGGCGACUGGAAGCAAUACGAGAUUUUCUCUCGAGGAAGGAAGAUAACUGCAAACUGUGUGAAGACCCCUCAGACGUGUGCUCUUGUUGAGAGCUUUAAACCAGCUGCUGGAUGCAAGCGUGGACAGGUGAAGUUCAGUGUCAUGUAUCCUGGCACCCACGUCCAUGCUCACACCGGCCCUACCAAUUGCCGCCUGCGAGCCCACCUUGGCCUGCUCAUACCCGAAGGGCUACGCUUACGUGUGGGUGAAACCAACCUAAGCUGGGCUGAAGGGAGAGUCAUUGUGUUUGAUGACAGCUGGGAACACGAAGUCUGGCAUGAAGGGGAUUCCCCACGGUUGAUCCUCAUAGUGGAUGUGUGGCAUCCAGAGCUGACGGAAGAGGAAUGGUUAUCCUUGUCCCCGAUAUAAUUUUGAAUCAAACAGUUGCGUUCCUUUGGUGGCCAGUAGUGGUUCCUUCUUUAAGAGUCUUAAACAAGGUACUUAUUUAAGCCAAUGAGCUUAGUCACAGUUUCGACGGUGGAACAAACAGGAGCAGAGAACAAAGAUUAUAUGCAAAGAAUUUUUAUCCAGUUCAAGUGAUGUAGAUAUGCUUAUGAUGUAUUUUGAUACUGCAUCUUUCUUUUCUAUUCUCUUUUCUUUUUAGUUCUCUCUUACCAUGUACUGAGAGUCUUGUGGAUUAUGUUAGGGUUUCAGUUCCAGAUA